ACAAGGAGCUCCUACAGAAGUCGAAUCACAUCCCGUCCAGAGAUUGUUGUACCGCGAACGGAACUUUUAUUCCAGAUAAACUGACAAGAUUUCAGCAAUUUUGUUGGCAUGAAUGAAAAGCAUCCAUGCAUUUGACCGUCAUCCAUCCCAAAACCCUAGAAGCCAAUGGUUACCGCCCAAGCGUGCGAUGGGCAACGGUAAUUUCCGGUCUCCGGACGUGGUGUGCAGGGGAUCCGUUGCCAUCAACGCCUGCUGCUGCCGGGUGCAGGGAGAUGCGUGCGCCCCCACCCCCACGUGCCCCCGCCUGGUGGCGGAGCCUCGUCACGGCCCCCAGACUGUCCGCGACGAGCCGGGACAAAAAGAAACAGGCGGAAGUGGCGCCUAAAAUAAGGCGCAGGCGCGCGAGCGGAGCACAAGAGCGCACCACGCCACCCCCGCUCUGCCCGCCUGCCUGCCUGCCUGCCGCUCGCUGCCCUCCGCAUCCGCUUGUGCGCCCGUGCCGCUGCCGCGCACCGGCUCCAUUCCCGAUCUCCCUGCCCCCCUUCCCUCCCGCUCGUCUCCACGCUCGCGGAAGCAGAUCAGGGUGAGGAGGAGCUGAGGCGCCUGAGCUCCGGCAAAGGAUCGUUUUGCCUGCCGCUCAGGAGGAGCUCGCUCGCCGAGCAAGCGGCGGCGGUGAUGUGGAGUGUCCUCGCCGCGUAGCCAAGAUCCGUUCCAGCAGCGCGGAGCUCGGCGGGACCGAGGGCGGUUGAGGAAGGCGAGCGGGUUCAAGAAUGGAGGAGAAAGCGGCUGACGCGACGGCGGCGGCGGAGGCAGUAGUGGCGGUGGCGGAUCAGGAUGGCACGGUGUACUGCAGCGAGCACCCCUACCCUCCCGGCGCGACGGCGGCCGCCGGGGCGGGCGCCGGCGGCAUCUGCGCCUUCUGCCUGCAGGAGAAGCUCGGCAUGCUGGUGUCCUCGUCCAAGUCCAGCCCUUUCCACCCGCCGCCGCCGCCGGCCUCCGCGUCGGCCUCCUCGACGCCGCCGCCAUCCAACCGCGCCUCCUCGGAGGCGCCGCUGCCGCUCUACCCCCCGGCGGCGGCCUCGCGCAAGGUGAUGCCCGCGCAGGGCGCGGGCGCUGGGCUCAAGCGGAGCAAGUCGGUCGCGCCGCGCCCGGAGGAGCCGCUGCCGCCGCCCGCCCCGUCCGCGAUCACCGCGGACAGCCCGCGCAAGAAGAGCUUCUGGUCCUUCCUCCACCUGUCCUCGUCGUCCGGGAGCCACAAGAGCGCGUCCUCGGCCGCCUCCUCGGCCAACGGCGGCGGCGGCGGCGCCGCGGUGGCGAGGAGGAACUCCGUGUCCGUGGCGUCGGCGUCGUCGGCGGCGCUCGGGGCCCGGCUGGAGGCGAUCGUGGAGCCCGAGAGCCCGGGCCGCCGGAGCGAGGGGUCCUCGUCGUCGUCGUUCGGGCGGAAGGUGGCGCGGUCGCGCUCCGUGGGCUGCGGCAGCCGCAGCUUCUCGGGGGACUUCCUGGAGCGCCUCUCCACCGGCUUCGGCGACUGCGCGCUCCGGCGCGUCGAGUCCCACCGCGAGCCCAAGCCCAAGGCCGCGGGCGCGCUGGGCCACCUGGGCGGCGCGCACGGCGACGACGAGCACGACCAGCACCACCGCAUCAAGUGCGCGGGCUUCUUUGGCGGCGGCCUGGGCGCCGCGCCGCCUCCGUCGUCCUCCUACUGGCUCUCCGCGCCCGACGGCGGGACCGGCAGCACGGGCAGCGGCGGGAGCACGAGGGGCAACGGAACGCGGAGCCACCGGAGCUGGGCGUGGGCGCUGGCGAGCCCCAUGAGGGCGCUGAGGCCGACCAGCUCCUCAUCCAGCAAGAGCAUCAUGGCCGCGCCGACAGCCGCGUAGACGACGCGCGCCGAGCCGGAGCUUCACCGAUCGGUUGCCGCCGCGUGACCGAUCGACGGCCGGUGAACCAUACUACUACUCCUACAUAAGUUUCUCCAUCUCUCUCGGUGUUCUUGUGUGAUCCAAGUCUUAAGAUUUUAAGAAGAACCUGGUCCUAGGUCGAUAUGUUACCGUGGAUCUAGACUAUAGAAGCCGCCUUUACAUUUGGGACUGCCGUCAGUUGGCCAAGAAAACUGUGGAAUUUGUCAUCUGUUUUAAUCCCUAUUUGUGUUGGCAAUU